AUGAUUGAUUCACAACUAUCUCAAUUGGCCGAGAGAGUCCCUUUCAACUCACCUUCUACUCUACCCGGACAAUUACAAACUAACCCUUCCAACAUUGUGAAACCCGACUCUUGCAAGGCAAUCACAUUGAGAUCGGGUACAUCCUAUGAGGGUCCUAAGGAGGGGGAUAGUGAGGAAAAGAAGGAAGGAGAAGAGAGUGUGGGUGAAGAUAAGGAAGUUGAAGAAGAGAAGGUUGUUGAGAAAGAGAGAAGUAUGGAGAAAAAGAAGUAUAAAGAUGUGGUGACAUCUUUAACUCCCAGUGAGGCUAGGAAUCUUGAUGGUCCGGUUCCCUUUCCCGGUCGACUUUUGGAGAGGAAGUUGAAUGAUAAGUUUGCAAAGUUCCUUAGUGUGAUGAAGAACUUGCACAUAAACCUCCCUUUCAUUGAAGUUGUCACACAAAUGCCUUCAUACUUUAAGUUCUUUAAAGAUAUUCUCACUAACAAGAGGAAGCUUAAUGAUGAGCUUAUCACUCUCGCCCAUCAAGUGAGUGUACUUGUUCAACAUAAGAUGCCCAAGAAGCAAAAGGAUCCGGGAAGUUUCACUUUGCCGGUAAAGAUUGGGAAUAUGGAAGCUAGGGGCGCCUUAGCCGAUCUUGGAGUAAGUGUUAGUUUGAUCCCUCUAUCCAUUGCUCAAAGAUUAAUAUUGAAAUGA